CAGUCUUACUCGGUAAUUAGAAAAAGUAACAAUUAGAAGAACAUCAGUUAACUUAUAGUUAUAAGCAAGCAUAUGUACACCAAGUUAAAAUUAUGGGUAGUCCAGUUAAAAGAAAAUCAGGAGUGUUGAAAAAAAAGAUCUGAACCUAGAAGAAGAUUUAUUAUGGAUUGGAAAAAAGAGUUUCCAUGGGUAGAACCUGGGACAGAUCAUGGAUAUCACCAAGAUGCUAAAUAUGAUGAACAUGUUCAACUUACAGUUCUGACUUUAUUUAAAUAAGGAAAACAAAUACUAUCAAAACAUCAGACAUCUCUUUUUAUGGCUUUAAAAUGUGGCUUAAUUGUGGCUUUUUUUAACACAAUAAAUGGCUCCAUUGGCUCUUUUUUAAGUCCAAAGUGGCUCUUUUCUGAAAAAAAAAUCUGGCAACCCUGUUCUCAACUUUCAGCUAGAAAAUUGGGGCAGACCAAGACAGGAAACCAAACUCAAAUAUUGACAUUUUGUCGAUAAAGUGAUUCGUCAUUGAAAUAAUCUCGACAUCAAGUUAAAAGAAGUUUUCAGAAGAUGACGAAACCGUUUACUUUAAAUUUGGUUAUUUCGAGAGUCGAGUUAGAAACUAAUUCUAAGAUCGAAGUUUUAGAAUUAAAGGUUGGAAUUUUGUAUAUUGGAACCACAGAUGGCAGGGUUAUUCAGUACGGACUAGUCGAAAGAACGGAUAAGGAUGGAAACCAGGUUCUAUCUGCAAACUUUAUUCAGAGUAAACACGUCGGGGAGAGAAGUAAAAUAACGUUUAUUUACGCUGCCCCGGUGCUGAACACCGUUUUAGUUGUUUGCAACGGAGUUCUCUACACUUUAAACAUGUCCGACCUAAGCAGUAGAAGUAUACCAGGGUUUAAACUAAUCAAAGGAAUAUCAGCAUGCUCCGUUAACCCGGCAAACUUGGAUCAAUUCAGUGUACAGUUCUGUGUGGUGAGGAAGAAACAAAUAACUCUGUUUAAUUUAACUGAAGAAAAACUUGUUACUUUAAAAACCAACGAGGUGUCUGAGUCUGUGGUGAGUAUGUGCAUUGAUGGUCAAUUUAUUUGUGCAGCCCUGCCCUCCAGAUAUAUAAUUCUAAACUUGGAGACGGGUCACGUGACUGAUCUAUUCCCAAUAGAGGAGAACAGUCCUUCCCUCGCUAUCACCAGAAUACAGGAGCAGGAGUUCCUGUUGGCAGGUCCAGGGAAUCUUGGAAUGUUUGUGACAACUGCUGGAACCUCAGUUCGACCUCCUGUACAAUGGACUGCAAACUUGUAUAGGAUUAUAUACUCAUACCCAUACGUCAUAGGAUUAUCGCCUGAAUCAGUUCUGGUCUACAGUAUAAACGAUCAGAAGCUAAAACAAGGUCUUCCCUUUCCUGGUGGUAGAACUAUCGGAGCAUUUGAUGGAACAAUACUCCUGGCGGGCUCUACACAGAUAUCCGCUCUUCUUCCAGUCCCUUGGCAGGUUCAAGCAGAGAAUCUACUGGAACAAGAAAACGUUGAAGAUGUUCUCCAACUCAUCUCCUCUAUAUCCUCCACACCUAACCUCAGUAUUCAGUCUUUAGAUAAACUACGGAUUCUACGACAGCGGGCAGGAUUCAUAUCUUUAAACCGAGGGGAGAUGAGUAAAGCAGCGGAACUUUUGAUGUCUGGUAGGACGGAUAUCAGGGAGAUUCUCUUCCUAUAUCCAGGUUUGUUGAGUUCUUGUUCUCAGUUUGUUCCCUCCUCUCCUCCUCUCCAUCAUAUACCGGAUAUAUCCAGUAUAAACCCGAAACAUGGAGAACCAUCCGUUCAACAGUUUUUACUCGACUAUCUAAUUGGUCUAGUUGAGCUGGAUGAGAAUUAUCCUGAGCAUGCUGAAGAGGUGUUUACUGCUCUAGCUAAGCUUGAGAGCGAGAACUCAGCUGACAGAUUCACAGAGUUUAUUGCUAAGGAGAAUAUUGUUCUACACUAUGAGGAGUUGACAGAGUUCCUUCAGAACAGGAAUUUGAAACAUUUUCAGGCCUUGGUACAUGAGAAGUUUCAAAAUCUGGAAGAAGCGUGUUCGCUCUGGAGUUCUUUAGUUGCAGGGACAGAUUUAGAUACAAACUUUCCUGGUCAGCAAUUCUUUGCCAAGAGAUUGAGUGAGAUGCCGACAGGUUUGGUUUGGAAGUAUUCUGACAGUAUCCUGGAGCAGGAUCAGGGGCUCGGAGUCAAGGUGUUCACCUGGCACAAGGACGGAGACAAGGAGGAGUUCAUCGAACGAACCUUAAACAUACUCAGUAAGUAUAAGGAAGCAAGACAGCUCUUCUUGGAGGAUCUAGUAUUUGAGAAGAAUUCUCAGGUUGAGAAGCACCACACAUUGCUGGCGUUGAUGCUAGUUGAAUCCCAUAAGACUGGAGAUGGAAUAGAGAAAUUAAGAAAACUGAUUCUUACCUCGACCAAAUUAAACACCCAGUUUCUUAUUGAUAAGCUGCGAGAAACAGAUCUUCUGUAUGAAAGAGCAAUUUUAUAUGGUCGCCUUGCUCAAUACGAUCGGGCUCUGGAUAUUCUGUUGAACAGUUUGAAUGAUAACACUCUAGCUCUUCAGUUCUGUGAUGAUAUUGCUGCUGGGAAACCUAGAGAGGAUAAACAACGUAUUCUAUCUCUACUACUCGAUACCUACUUGAACCCUACUCAACCAUCAAAUCAGGAGGAUUUUUUGGUCAAGGCAGUAGAUCUGAUAAAUUCCAGAGCUGAAGAUCUAGACGGAAUACAGGUUCUAAGUCAGCUGCCUGCCGGGUGGAAUAUUGCUUGUAUACUGCCUGCCCUGCGAGUAUUUAUGCGACAACGAAUGCAUGAAUCAAGGAUGUUAAAAAUAACACGACAGCUAAGAAAGGUUGAAAAUGAGAAUGUAAAACUUGAAUUUACAAAUCUAUCCUCAAGUGCUGUCCAUAUUCAACCUAACUACUACUGCUGUACUUGUAAAAAGGGAUUUGGUGACGGCUCUAUAUCUCGCUAUCCCAACGGUGUAUUGGUGCAUACUGACUGUAUUGUAAACAAGAGUAUUUGCCCCCUGACAGGGGAAGUUUUCACUUUGAAGAUAUGAAUGAAGCUUAUACAGUAGAGUCCAGAAAAUUUUGGAAUGAUUGUCGUCUUCCGUUUUUCGUUUAAUCAAGAAAUUACACGGUUUUCUGGUUACAAAACGAGGCUCAUGUACAGUGGUAAGUUACCACCGUACAUGAGCCUCUUUGCUAGGCUUAAAUAAAAUAUGGCAACCGUGAUUUCAUCGUCUUUUCCUACAUGUUAAAAUUUUAGAUUCGAAAUUAUUGUGGCCACCUUUUUAAUCUGAAUUUCGUCCGUGUUGUGAUUUUUUAGCUUAGUUCAGAAAAUUUAAGCAAUUGGAUUUCAGUUCUAUUAAUUCUGUGAUAAAUAUUCUUUAUUGUGAUAUUUCGUUUGUUAUUUAUUUACUUACACAGUACUAUACAUAUGUAUCAACUAACCAAGGUGAUGUAGGAUUAGGAAAAAAUAAGCGUACGCAGGAUUGUUUAUAGAGAAACAAUAUUUAUAUGACUCUGCGCAAUUUUGCUCAUUCUCACCUUUCACCUUGACAGUAAAUUACUUAUUACUUUU